UGGAAGAGAAGCGCAAAAUGAAGAAAAAUCCAACAAAGCCCUAAAAGCUUCCGCCAAGGCGCUGGUAAUUCCGUCGAACAGUUGGGCUGCAUCUUUACCCUAAAACCUCUCUCCCUCUCUCUCUCUUCACUCAGAUCUAACCUCUCUCUUAUCCCCAUGUUCGGCACUCCGUCUUCUUCGCCGGCGUUCGGCACUCCGUCGUCCACGCCGUUGUUCGGUUCCUCCUCAACCUCCGCCUUCGGCACUCCUUCGUCUACCCCUGCGUUCGGUACGCCGUCGUCCACGCCCGCCUUCGGAACGCCCUCAGCCACGCCGGCCUUCGGCACGCCUUCAUCCACGCCGGCGUUCGGGACGCCGUCGACAUCUUCCUUCGCCUCGGGCGGAUUUGGCAACUCGCUCUUCUCCACUCCGUUCUCAUCUCAGCAGCCACAGCAACAGCAGCAGCAGCAGCAGCAGCAGACGUCGCCGUUCCAGCAGCCGGCGUCUACUGGUUUCGGUUUUCAGUCGCCGUUCAACACGGCGCAGCAGCAGACGCCUUUCCAAAAUACGCAAUUGACUACUCAGAUGGCUCCCGUUGCUCCCAUUCCUUUCUCCCUCGCCGAUCGUGAUAUCCAGGCCAUAGUUGAAGCCUAUAAAGAAGAUCCGACGAACCCUAAGUAUGCGUUUAAGCAUCUUUUGUUCAGUGUGACUGAACAGCAGUAUCGUGUCAAGCCUGCAGCUGUAUCAGAUAUAAUGUGGGCAGAGGCCAUGAGCAAACUUGAAGGCAUGGAUUCAUCAGAAAGAGAGCGCCUUUGGCCUCAGCUUGUGCAAGGCUUUAAAGAUCUUUCUCAGCGCCUUAAGCUUCAAGAUGAAGUUCUCGUAUCAGAUAGGGAAAGAAUAAAAACUACUCAGAGCAACGUGAAAAUGCUUCAAAGACAUUUGCAAGCACAUACCUUUCCGUCUAUUGAAAGGUUGAGACAGAAGGAGCAGAAUCUUCAAAGACGCAUGUUGAGGGUGAUGAGGAUAGUGGAGGGCUUAGAGGGGAAGGGUUUCCGGUUACCCUUAACAAAAGGAGAGGCCGAACUGUCUGAGAAGCUAACUGGAAUAACAAGACAGGUGAAAGGUCCUGGAGCAGAGCUUUCAAGGAGGGUGCAAAGUCUGCAGACAAUAUGUCGCGCUCAAGCAAAUUCCUUCUCUGCUGGUAGCUCCAUUUAUCUCCCGGGGUCAACUAAAAUAGACGAGCAGAGCCUGAUUGACAUGCAGGAGGUAUUGCAACAGGAGACAGAAGCCAUAGGGAGGCUCGGGAACGUAUUGAAGCGAGACAUGAGGGAUAUGGAAAUCAUGGUGGCUGAAGAUACAGAGAUGACCGAGGACACAUAGAUGUCCAGUUUCUAAUGUCUCAUUUCCUUUACUAUUGGAUUCGCACAAGGCUUUGGACUUUUGACAUGUACUUUAGUAGCUGAGCUAUAAAAAUUCUCAAUGUAUUGUGUGAUUUCUUUUUCA